AUGUCCACAUACACCAAGCCCACUCGUCCUCUAACCUGGCUGAUUACCGGUUGUUCCUCCGGCCUAGGCCUUGAGCUGACACGCAAAGUCCAGGCUCACGGGGACAUCGUCAUUGCUACAUCGCGCCAGCCUUCUCGAACACCCGACCUGGUCGAAGAAGUCAAGAACAACGGGGGAGAAUGGCAUCAACUGGAUGUGGAUGACCCAAGUGGCCCCAAGUCACUUAUGACGACUCUCGAGUCGACGGGACACCAUGUUGACGUCCUGGUCAACAACGCCGGCGUGAUCGCUUUCGGUGUCAUGGAGCAAUUCACAGACAAGGAUUUGCUCGGCCAGAUGGAAACGCUCUACUUUGGCCCUCAGCGACUCAUUCGUGCUGUGCUUCCGGGUAUGCGAAAGCGUCGAUCUGGAUUUAUUGUGAAUAUUAGUUCCGGGGCUGCGUUGGAUGGAUAUGGUGGUAUGGGCGCUUAUGCUGCAGCAAAAGCUGCACUGGAUGCUUCGACGCGCAUUCUAGCUAAAGAGAUUGCUCCUUUCAACAUCCGUCCUUUGACGGUGUGGAUAGGUACCCUGAACACGAAUAUCGGGAAUGCCUCGACGGUUGCGAAGGGUCCGCUCCCUGAGGAUUAUCGUGGCGGCGGUGCCGAGCAGCUGAUGAAGGCUAUUCAGAGUGGAAUGCUUGUUGCCAACAGUGACAAGAAGAAAGCUGCAAAGGCAAUCUACGAGGUAGUCGUGGGGGAAGGUGCUGGUGCCGGGCACGAGAAUGAGCGGUCCAUGGCGCUAGGACGUGACAUGCUUACGCGGCUUGCGUCGGUCCGUGAUCAAUACGCACAUACUUUGGAGGUGCUUGGGGAUGUUUGCGGUAGUGUUGACUUGGAACAUGAGUAG